GCUUCCUCCCGGCCUGGUGCUGGGAGUUGCCCGGCGCGCACCAGCUGAUCGCGGCCCCUCCUAUCAGGCCGGGCCCGGGGAAAGGAGCGGGGAGGCAGCCCUGCCCAUAGCGGCGGGGCGAGCGAGCCAUGUCAGAGUUCCAGAUUUCGGUGGAAGAGCUCAACGACCUGCUGGCCAACGGCAGCGGCUGCUACAGCCUCCCCAGCGCGCACAGCAACGAGGUGGCGCCCCGGAUCCACGUGGGCAACGCGUGAGUUUCUCCCCCAAACCUCAACCCCCCACCCCCACCCCGCCAGCGCCCUCCCCUCCUCGGUUGUGGGGGGGGGGGAGCAAGAACACCCUACCCCAAUCCAUGAGGCUGUCUGUAGGCCUGGGAAAGAGCGAAAGAUGAAAACUGGGGCGAGGGGGACAGGUUGAGGACGGCGGGGUGGGCUGGAAAACGGGGAGGACGUUGCUGGUGGGGGUGGGAUGCAAGGGGUUUGGGGGCAGAGAAUGAGUCCUUCUACCGCUACGAGGAGGGGAAGGUCCCUAAUUCCCGUAACAGGGCUAGGGGCCUCCACCCCCUCCCCCGUGUGGUAUUUAUUACAGUUGACAGGUUUUGUUGCCGUCAUCGUGCGUAUAGUUGAACCUCUUCUUAGGGCUGUGGGGCAGCUAAGUGUUCAUUGCCCUCCGGGUUGGAGCUGCUGCUGCUCCCAUAUUAAAGUUUGGCGGACUGAAGGCAAGUGAUUGCCGCUCGUCCAAAUGCCUGCAGGUGAUUGGAACCCAGGCCCCUGCCAAACCGAUGGAGGGCAAAGGAAAGGCGAGAGACUCUGGGACGCUAAAUUUGCUGCGAACAAAUAUAUGAAGCUGAAUUGAUAUGCUCUUGGUCUUAUCUGCACCCAUAUUGUCUACUCUGACUGGCAGCAGCUCUCCAGGGUUUCAGGUUCAGCCUUUUCCAACUCCCGCAAUCCUUAGGAUACUAGAAAUGCCAGGAAUCGAAGAUGGGACCUUCUGUUAAACGCAAGGGGGCAGCUCCCCCCACAUCAAGUAAAUAAAUAAAAAUACUGAACUAACUGACCCAUCACUUCACAGAUAGCUUGGCUCUGGCCCGUCUGCCCCCCCCAAACAUAAAUCCUGAACCCCUGACAUAAAUCCUGGUUGCGCCAAUGUGUUCAAUCCUGAGAUUUGGUCAUGUCAUAUUGAGAGAAAUGCAUUCUGUGGCUGUGUACACACUGUAGCUCCUCCCUCACAGAGCCGUAAUUCCCAGUAUCCUUAAGAAACAAUAAUUCCCAGUAUUCUUUGGGGGAAGCCCAGUACUUUAACUGGUGGGUAAAAUCAAGUCCACAAUCUGCCAAAUAAAAACAGGUAUACUUCCGUUUCGUGAGAGAAGAGGGAGGGAGAGAUCUUUGGAACAGGUUGAGUGCAAGUAACCAAACUUCAGUGAUAGUUUUGGCGGCUGGUAAACCAUUUUGACAUCUUGUUCCAGGAAGUUAAACUCUGUUGCACUAGCGGCUGCCUCCGCAUCUCCUUAGGACUAAGCACUGGGAUGUUUCUACAAGUGAUGUUUCAAAAGCCCUGACUUUUGCCUUCCUCGUAUCUGUAAAUUGUAUGAGAAAGCUUUGUUGGCUGGCGCGUACCUUGGCUUCCGUCAGGGCUUUGCAACCUGCUCUUUGCUCUUAACUUUUGGAAGAUGGUAAAGAUUUGCAGGUCCCAUUAAACACUUUUAAUAGGGUAGGAAUUGGCCCCAGUCUUUCUGUGCAGGUAUCUGGAGAGGAAACUUUAGGGCAUCUGUCUGUUUCGAGAGACAAUGAUGUGUGCCUUUCGGGGGGGUGGGACCAAACUGCCGGAGAAUCACAGCGCCUGCUGUGGCUGCGGAGACUUGUAAGACAUAACUAUCACUGAAUCGUAGAGUUGGGAGGGACCCUGAGGAUCAUCUAGUUCAACCCCCUGCAAUGUAGGAAAACACAGCUGUCCCAUACAGGAAUCGAACCUGCAACCUUGGUGUUAUCAGCACCAUGUUGUAACCAACUGAGCUAUGCUGCCUCCCAACCUUUCAAGUCAAGUCAAUAACUCAGCUGUAAUUGGGACGCAGGUGGCGCUGUGGGUAAAACCUCAGUGCCUAGGACUUGCUGAUCGUAAGGUCGGCGGUUCGAAUCCCCGCGGCGGGGUGAGCUCCCGUCGUUCGGUCCCAGCUCCUGCCCACCUAGCAGUUCGAAAGCACCCUUAAGUGCAAGUAGAUAAAUAGGUACCGCUUUAUAGCGGGAAGGUAAACGGCGUUUCCGUGUGCGGCGCUGGUGCUGGCUCGCCAGAGCAGCUUCAUCACGCUGGCCAUGUGACCCGGAAGUGUCUUCGGACUGCGCCGGCUCACGGCCUCUUGAGCGAGAUGAGCGUGCAACCCUAGAGUCGGUCACGACUGGCCCGUACGGGCAGGGGUACCUUUACCUUUACUAAUUGGACUUCAAUUUACAUCAUCCCUAACCAUUGGCAAUGAUGGCUGGGGCUGAUGGGAGUUGGUUUCUCGUUUCUGCCCUAAAAUAAGCCCCCUUUUCACCCUCUUCCAGCACCAUCUUCCUUCCUUGCGGCCUGGUUUUUCUGGAAAGCAAGUAGGUUUGGGUGUAUCACCUUCUUACGUAUUUGGAAACAUAUGAGCGUAUAUACAAGGCACAGCCAUAAACUUAGGCUGCCCAGCUCAGUAUUUUCUCUCUCUCUCACUGACCGGGGCCACUUCCAAAUGACCUCUGAUUUAUUUGUGGGAAGGUUAGCUGGCGUUGCGUCAAGCAAGUACGUUUCCCCUCUCAUUAUUUGCAAAAGGUCCAGUCCUUUGGGAAAGUGGGUUUGCUGUGCAAGGGCCUCCCGAUCCGCCAUAAUUGCACAGCCCAAAUUUGCUGGCAUCUGAUUGAAUCCCGCUCAAAAACAGUGAUGCUCUGAAAGUGCUCCGGCAGUGGCUACAGGAAGAGAAGCCUCUCGCUGUUCAUUCUUGGGAUUUUAAAAAUUUGGGAUGGUCUUUGGAACCUGCUGCAUUUGUGCGCUCUUAAGUGCUGAGCUUUGGCCUUUUCCCAUAAAGUCACCUGUAAAUACCAAAACAGCACCGUGGCAUUUUCUAGGCCAGCUGGCUUACUGUAGUAAGAAGGCAGGUUUUAUAUAUUUGCAAUCCGGAGUCUGAAAACGACUCAUGGUUUCCCUCAUUGUAAGUUUAGUAGACCUUCCAGGCGUCUCUAUUUUCCAGGGACAUUCCCAGAUUUACAAAAGCCACCCCAGUUUCUGAUUUUAUCCCGGAAUUUUCCUUAGGAUGUUCCUAUUUCAAUCAGAUAAAUGUCAGAGGGUACAGAGUUAUGCGACACCCCGAGCUAGGGAGAUACAACCUUUAGAAGGCAGCCUUUGUAUAAGGAAGUUUUUUUUUAAUGUUUCAUUUUUUAAAUUUCAUUUUUAUAUAGGUUGGAAGCCACCCAGAGUGGCUGGGGCAACCCAGUCAGAAGGGUGGGCUAUAAAUCAUCAUCAUUAUUAAUAUUAUUAUUAUUGAAUAGGACGUCCCUAUUUCCAUUGGAGAAAUGUUGGAGGGUAUGAGUUGAGGCCUGGAUCCAUCCAUACAGCGGGAUGAAAAAUCCUGAAGUGACAAGAUGGAAUGUACUUCUUCAGAUCGCAAAGGGCUAUGAAUGCUCGCCUACAUUUUUAUUUUAUUUUAAACCAAACAAAAACUUGUUACAAGAAGAAAAUCAGCAGAGCAGAUAAGAGGCUGACUAGAACUUUGCUUUGCUCGUCCAUCCUUCUGCUGUCAGGGAGCUUUUUACAUUGCAGGGGGUUGCAUUUCAAAAUGGCUGCCCCCCUUCUCAUUCCAUCACCUCAAAGCUUUCCCACCUCGUUCCAAUGCAGGCAUAGGCCUCAGUUUAGCCCUCCAUUUAUAGUACUUGCUGGGGUGCCCUGUGAAUGGCGCCUGGAUCACCUUUGUGAAAAGGCCAUGUGUAGCCCUAUUCCAGUUCAACCAGAGGCAAACGUCGUAGAAUCGUAGAUUUGUGGCGUUGGAAGGGACUCUGAGGGUCACCCAACUCCCUGCAAUGCAGGAAUCUCAACUAAAGAACCGCCAAACAUUAAGCGGACCUUUUGGACUGAGCUGCUGAAGCUCGUAGGCCGCAGAUCUAGGUUUAGCCACAGAUCAACUCUAACCUAGCCCUAGUUCUGCCAUCCAGAAAUGUCAGGCAAUAUUUAUAUGAACACAGGAUUUGUACGUAUGGAUUUAUACAUUUUGGGCUGGGAGAUAUAUCAAUAUAUUGUCCAAAACCGGUUUGAAGUCCAUAUUGCACUACCGGUUUCAUAAUUUUUGACCUGGCAAUAUAUCGCGAAUCAUGAUGUGUGUGUGUGCGCUAUGUAAAAAUCACAAUGCAGGAAAAACUGUGAAGCCAGCCAAUGCCUCUACACAGCUCCAACCUUAUUUCAGACAUCGGACUCAGCUACAUCGGCAAAGAAAAAGCACUUUAUAUGCGUCGUAUAUAUGCAUUAUAACACUGUGACACCAGGUGACGCUGUGGAGUUCCGUUUUUGCAAGCUUAUAUAUGAGUUUCUAACAUUCCAGCCAUUGCCACUUAUGCCAGCUGUAGGAAGCAUAACUGUAAUUGACCAGAAGGGAGACCUGUCCCUAUUGUGGGACAGCAAACCUCUCCUUUGCAGAACCGGCAUUUCUAAGCCCAUUGAUGUCAAUGGGCUUUCAGCCACUUAACUCUGGCAGCGCGAGCCCAUGCAGUGUCCAAGGGGGAAUGAUUAACGUCACUAGGUGCCCGAUUUGGGAAAUUGCCCUUGGCACCAGCUUGCCCCCUUCAGGCUUCUACUUGCCAAGCUUCUACUUGAAUAGGGAUUGAUUAUCCCUUAAGAUCCUGUAAUUACCUUGAGGCGUUGGCGGUUGUGGCUGGAAAAGAAGGAACGUCUUCCUCUGCUGGCACUGUGUACCUUUAUGCCAAUCAGGAUAUUAAUCCCUGCCUGUGAGCACAUAGGGUGCAAGGCCCUCCAGAUUGGGGUCCAGCUGGAGUCAGUAUUUUGGGGUCACAGGCUCCCCACCACUGGCAAAGACCCAGAGGUCAUAAUGGCUGCUCAAGGUCUGGUCUUAUGUGUGCAGUCUUGGAAGCCGUGGGUAGGCAGAUACUUUUAAGUUUGCACGCUCUUAAAUCCUGGUACCCUCAGGAUAUACAGGUGAAACUUGGAAAAUUAGAAUAUUGUGGAAAAGUUCAUUUAUUUCAGUAAUUCAACUUAAAAGGUGAAACUGAUAUAUGAGAUAGACUCAUGAUAUGCAAAGCAAGAUAUGUCAAGCCUUUAUUUGUUAUAAUUGUGAUGAUUAUGGCGUACAGCUGAUGAAAACCCCAAAUUAACAAUCUCAGAAAAUUAGAAUAUUAAAUGAAAUCAGCAAAACAAGGAUUGCAAAUAGAGCAAUAUUGGACCUCUGAGAAGUAGAAGUAUGUAUAUGUACUUACUUGGUUUGGGGCCCUUUUGCAUCAGUGCGGCGUGGCAUGGAUGCUAUCAGCCUGUAAUUGCCGCUUAUGAGUUUACAUAGUGCUUUUAAUUUCCAAAGCUUCGAAAUGUUUUGUGUCUUUCCAACAAUAACCCAACACCAUGCUCAACCGUGGUUUGCAUACCACUCACUGUAGUUAAUAACCCAAACCCUAGUUUGAGCAUGGAAAUGUACAGGCAAACCAUUUUUAGGCUACUUGCCUGUUUUCCAUGAUCAUCUUGAUCAGUAUUCCAGUUUCUUGUUGCAUCAGCCUCGAGGCAGAUCAACAGCCCUUUGGUUUGUUGAGUCUGACAACAUGCAAAACACGAUUGGCAUCUUUGUUCCUCAUCUUCCAGGCCUUUGGCUAAUUAAGCAAUCUAUGGCAUUUUAAACUGGAGGGAGGUUUUUGUUUGUCAUGGUGGUAUGCAUUUUUGUGUUUUUAUAUUGUAAACUGCUAUGCGAUCCUUGGAUGAAGGUAGUACAGUCAUACCUCGGAACUCGUACGCCUUGGUACAUGUACAUUUCGGCUCCCGAACGAUCGAAAACCGGAAGUGAUUGUUCUGGUUUUCAAACGUUCUUUGGAACCCGAACAUCCUACGCGGCUUCUGAUUGGCUGCAGGAGCUUUCUGCAGCCAGUCGGAAGCUGUGCCUUGGUUUCCGAACGUUUUGGAAGUUGAACAGACAUCCGGAACGGAUUCCAUUCGACUUCCAAGGUACCACUGUAUAGAAAUUUUAUUAAUAAAAAUAAUGAUGAUAACAACAACAACGACAACACACAUGCUGUGGUUUGCAAACUCACUCCAGACCAUGGUUUCUGAUUAUGGUUUGUUGGUAGAGUUGAAAACCAUGGUUUGUCAAGUCAAACAUUGCUCCAAACCGUGGUUAACUAUUCUUUGGCAUGAUGUCUGUGAGUUAGAUUUAUAUUUGAGGUGACCUUGUUGAUUUUCCUAAGCUCACACAGUGAGUACCUGGCAGAGGAGGGAACUUGAACCCUUUCAGCACAGUGGUGGACCACUGUCUCUCAGUUAAGAAAAGAGAGAAUUUGAUGAAAUACAUUGGCGAUUCUCAGUAGUGCAGAUCCAGUUUCCUCUAUCUUUAUGUAUUUAAAAUCAGGAAGAAAUGUUUGUUGUUGUUUUUUAAGUCAUUGAAGAAGAUGUUUGAAGAAGACAUUGAUUGGUACAAAUGCUGACAAGGUCAUUGAUACAGGAGUGCUAAGUAAGCAGGGCACCAAUGAACUCUGUGCAUUUUAAUACAAGUCGAAGUAAAAGGUCAGGCUGCUCUGAACUAGAAAUUCAGGAUGCAGAAUUGCAGCAUCUGCAAAAAGGAAAAGGAAAGAAAAAAUAGGUAAACGGUCCAGGGAAGACGGGAGCAAGGAGUGUUAAUUAAAAUCUGAAGGUUAGAUGAAGGUGUAAUUGAGGAUGCCUCAACACUUUUGCUCCUACGUAUGGUCCUAAGGAACAAUCCAAAGGGUCUUCUCAGGCCCUUUUGUUUUUGUGCAAUAGAUGUACUGCUGCCACACACUUGUUCGUGCAUUGUUACUUGAUUAUUGACAUAAACCUCCCAAAUUUAUUUUGUAUAGUUAAGUUUUUACCUCUAUCUUCAGUACAUUUUCUUUUCCUUUACAGUGGUACCUCAGGUUACAUACGCUUCAGGUUACAGACUCCUCUAACCCAGAAAUAGUGCUUCAGGUUAAGAACUUUGCUUCAGGUUGAGAACAGAAAUCGUGCUCCGGUGGCGCGGCGGCAGCAGGAGGCCCCACUAGCUAAAGUGGUGCUUCAGGUUAAGAACAGUUUCAGGUUAAGAAUGGACCUCUGGAACGAAUUAAGUACUUAACCCGAGGUACCACUGUAUUGCUAUGGCUAGUGGCUGGUGCAAAUAAGAAUUCUUCUGAUUCUUAUCCUUGUUCCUGCAGAACCCAAGUUCUUUUCUUUUGCAGGGAUAUUGCAAUUUCCCAGCUGCUGAUAGCACACCCAUUGCUACGUGGGGUGUGGUGAGGAUGUCGUGGACCUGAGAUGUCGUUAUCCUUGAGCAACACAAUCCCUCCUCUUCAUCUCCCCCCCUUGCAUGCCAUGUUGUGAACUAUUGAAAAGUAUGAACCCGAACUCGUUCAUGGGACCAUUUGCAAAUCCUGUUUGUCAAGAGGGCCACAUCCUCCGGCAGUUUUCCCCUCUGUAGAUUGGGGUGGGGAGAAUUUCCCGAAAACUUCAGGAUCCCCACCUCUGUUGUGGAACUCCCCCUUAAAAUUGUUGGCAUCCGUCUGUCUCGAGAGACCAUAGAGUGUGCCUCUGGGGCGCAAGCCUAGUCAGUGUGUAGGGUCCUGGGCUGCCCGGAUGACAAGACCUUAUUGGCCUCGCUGAUGUGGUCCAAAGGAAAGCAGAGAAAUAUGUUUGGCUGCAGGAGUUGCUGGAAUGAGGUGUACAAGGCGCCAUCCAACCAUCUUAAAGACUCUACUCCAGAUUUGUGUAGGGUUUACACCUUUCUGUUCCCGAAAAGAUCCCACAAGGCAGCAGAGGUUUAGGAUCAGAGUUUUCCUCCUCCUAGGUGGGCUGCCUUCCCAGUUGAUGAGCCUCAUCUGUCCCUUUGCUAAAAUAAUAAUGAUGUACAAACUGUGGUUGAAUCUACACAAAGGAAACAAAAAUGCUAUAAAUAAGUAAGAAAUUACAACUGUUACAGUGGUACCUUGGGUUACAUACACUUCAGGUUACAUACACUUCAGGUUACAGACUCCGCUAACCCAGAAAUAGUACCUCAGGUGAAGAACUUUGCUUCAGGAUGAGAACAGAAAUCGUGUGGCGCGGCGGCAGCAGCUGGAGGCCCCAUUAGCUAAAGUGGUGCUUCAGGUUAAGAACAGUUUCAGGUUAAGAACGGACCUCCGGAACGAAUUAAGUUCUUAACCCGAGGUACCACUAUAACAAAAGGGGAGGAAAACCCUAUGGAAAAUCGCAGAGGAAAUUUUCUGCUCUCUGGUGCCAUCUGGUGUUGCAUGUUUAUGGCGCAUUCAAACCAUUGUUUUUUUUAACGUAGCUGAGUCUUGUGUCUGCUCCCUUGUUUUUUCUGGUUGUUGUAAGUAACAAACUGGCAAAGUUCUAUAGCAACGCUGUUUUAUUUGAUUUUGUCCAUAAGCCCAGCUUUCUUUUGAAUUUCUUGCAUAUUCCCUGAGCUGAGCUAGUAUAUUUUUUUAAAAAAGGGAAUGGAAUACAACUAUGGGGGUAGUGUAUCCCUGGUGUGUAGGUGUGCAUGAAAGUGGUGAGGGUGUGUGUGUGUGUGUGUGUGUGUGAAAAAGCAAAAGUUAACAAAAAAGGCAGGAGUCCCUGCUGCAACUUGGGUCCGUCUUCAUGUACAAUGUGGAUUUCUUUAGUUUUUUGAGUGUUUAAAAGAACAAGAAUGUUUCCUGGAAGCCAGUGAAGUGUGAGACUUGCAAAUUCAAUGGGGUUCUUGGCUCGACCUGAGAGGAAGUCUGAGAAGGCAGUCUAAGUAGAUUGACCUUUGCUUCAACCUGAGAACUCUGGGGGGAUUUUCCGGUGGCUUGCCAAUCAGAAGGUCAGCGGUUCGAAUCCCCGCAACGGGGUGAGCUCCUGUUGCUCGGUCCCAGCUCCUGCCAACCUAGCAGUUUGAAAUCACGUCAAAGUGCAAGUAGAUAAAUAGGUACCACUCCGGCGGGAAGGUAAACGGCGUUUCCGUGCGCUGCUCUGGUUCGCCAGAAGCGGCUUAGUAAUGCUGUCCACAUGACUCGGAAGUUGUAUGCCGGCUCCCUCGGCCAAUAAAGCGAGAUGAGCACCGCAACCCCAGAGUCGUCCGCGACUGGACCUAAUGGUCAGGGGUCCCUUUGCCUUUACCUUUAAGCCGCAUCCCUGACCUGCAAUAUUAAGAACGGGACUCUUUCGUCACAAACCCUCCAACUUGCAGCAGUUAACUGCAUUGCAGGAUCGUUGUAAAGUGCAGUGGUACCUCGGGUUACAGACGCUUCAGGUUACAUAUGCUUCAGGUUACAGACUCCGCUAACUCAGAAAUAUUACCUUGGGUUAAGAACUUUGCUUCAGUAUGAGAACAGAAAUCGUUCUCCGGCGGUGUGGCAGCAGCAGGAGGCCCCAUUAGCUAAAGUGGUGCUUCAGGUUAAGAACAGUUUCAGGUCAAGAACGGACCUCUGGAACGAAUUACCGUAUUUUUUGCUCUAUAAGACUCACUUUUUCCCUCCUAAAAAGUAAGGGGAAAUGUGUGUGUGUCUUAUGGAGCGAAUGCAGGCUGCGCAGCUAUCACAGAAGCCAGAACAGCAAGAGGGAUUGCUGUUUUCACUGCACAGAGAUCCCUCUUGCUGUUCUGGCUUCUGAGACUCAGAAUAUUUUUUUUCUUGUUUUCCUCCUCCAAAAACUAGGUGCGUCUUAUAGUCUGGUGCGUCUUAUAGGGCGAAAAAUACGGUAAGUUCUUAACCCGAGGUACCACUGUAGACUCAGCCCAACCUACAAUGUUGAGAGAUAAGCUCAAGGGACAACAUUGCAGCGUUACUGCAUUCUUCAGCUUCGGCUGAGCCUGUGGCUGGAUCUAGACACAUAAAAAACCCACAACAUUUCAGGGAAACGCGUUGUAAAGCUCAUAGCCGGAAUUCAUGUUGCCGAAGGAUCAAACUCUUGAGCCCCGUCUGAUGUCACAGUGUUAUAAUGCAUUAAAAAAUACUAAUGCAGCUGAGUCCUGCAGUAGAGGUUUAAUACCACACUACAUCUCAGGGCUGCUGUAAACCACACAGUGGUGUUUUAAACCUGGAAGAUAGCACAGUCAGUAGAGCAUGAGGCUCUUAAUCUCAGGGUUGUGGGUUUGAACCCCACGUUAGGCAAAAGAUCCCUGCAUUUCAGUGGGAUGGACUACCUGACCCUUAUGGUGCCUUCCAACUCUGCAAAGUCUAUGAUUCUAUGUGAAAGGAAGCUUUCGGGGGGCGGGGGUUGACCAGUGCUUCUUUUUGAAGACUACAAGGUCUAUAUCAUGGGUAGGCAAACUUAAGGCCCGGGGGCCGAAUCCGGCCCAUUCACCUUCUAAAUCUGGCCAGCAGACGGUCCGGUAAUCAGCGUGUUUUUACAUGAGUAGAAUGUGCCGUUUUAUUUAAAAUGCAUCUCUGGGUUAUUUGUGGGGCAUAGGAAUUCGUUCAUUCCCCCCCUCCCAAAUAUAGUCCCCCCCACAAGGUCUGAGGGACAGGGGACCGGCUCCCUGCUGGAAAAGUUUGCUGACCCCUGGUCUACAUCUUUUGCUUUGGAAUUUUGCCAUUGCAAUCGUGGCCUAGCCUAAAUAUGAUUAUACCUUCCUUCUGGGUUCCUGCCCUUGCUGGUGUUUGGCAUUCUUUAUCUGCCACUAAAGAAGAUGGAUUAGUCGAAACUCAUCUGGCUGCAGAUAAUUGGCUUUGGGGAAAUAUUUGUUUCAUGCAACUGCACACGUUAUUUUAUUUUAAUUGAUUUUUAUAUCCAGUUUGUUCAGGGCCUUUGCAUAUGAAGAUGAAUCUAUUGGCCACUGGGCUCUGAUCAUUUUUUUUUUAAAAAAAAACCUUUUCAAAGUUUUGUUUGUGUAAUAGAUUUCUAUAAUUCAUGGGCUACCUUAGCUUUCUGUAUGUGUUCACAAUGUAUUGGUUGAGGAACCUAUUCUCCUCAGCCACAGAUCUGAAUUUUCUACACUCUGGCAAAUCUUCUGUCCCUUAAGCCAGUCUUUUUAUACCAAGAGGUUUCUGACAUUUGUCUCACGGGUGACAAGCAGUCUCUCUCUUUCCUAGUGUAAUAUUCUGCAGAGGGUAAUGUUGAUCCGGCGGCUGGAGUAAUGUUACAAGACUUGCUAGGACGAGCUCCAGAUUUAGAGCAGACAGGAGUUUAUGGCCCUCUCUGGGGGCUGCAAGAAAGGUCUCUUCUCCCCCCCCCCCGACCGCCCUUCUCCAGAACUGUUGCUUUCAGCACAAAAAGUGUGCGUUGUCCUCUAUGGGGUUUGUGGAUCAAGACCUUUUAGACAGGCCAAUGGCUCAGUUCAAAUGGUAGGUAAAGGUAAAGGGACCCCUGACCAUUAGGUCCAAUCAUGGCCGACUCUGGGGUUGUGGUGCUCAUCUCGCUUUACUGGCCGAGGGAGCCGGCGUACAGCUUCCGGGUCAUGUGGCCAGCAGGACUAAGCCACUUCUGGCGAACCAGAGCAACGCAUGGAAACACCAUUUACCUUCCCGCCGGAGUGGUACCUAUUUAUCUACUUGCACUUUGACGUGCUUUCGAACUGCUAGGUUGGCAGGAGCAGGGACUGAGCAAUGGGAGCUCACCCUGUCGCAGGGAUUCGGACUGCUGACCUUCUGAUUGGCAAGCCCUAGGCUCUGUGGUUUAACCCACAGCGCCACCCGUAUCCCUUUACAUGUCGUAAAUCCCUGCAUACUUUACAAAAAUACGUUUUAACCCCCCCCCCAAAAAAAACCCCAGAGUCCUUUUUGUUGGGGAUAACUCAGAUAGAAAUUCCCAGGAGUCGGAAAAGGUUAUUUAUGUGUGCCACUACUGCGGCUCAUGUUUUGUUAGCCCAAAAAUGAAAAACGAGUGAAGUCCCGACUAAAGAAUAUUGGCAACUUAAACUGAUGGAACAUGUGCAGCUUGCGGACCUAACAUAUAGAGUGGUAUCUCGGGUUAAGUACUUAAUUCGUCCUGGAGGUCUGUACUUAACCUGAAACUGUUCCUAACCUGAAGGACCACUUUAGCUAAUGGGGCCUCCUGCUGCCGCCGCACCGCCAGAACACAAUUUCUGUUCUCAUCCUGAAGCAAAGUUCUUAACCCGAGGUACUAUUUCUGGGUUAGUCUGUAACCUGAAGCGUAUGUAACCUGAAGCGUAUGUAACCCGAGGUACCACUGUAUAGAUAAGAGAACAAGAAGAGCGUAUGUUUAAAGAAGAUUGGGAAAUGUUUAUUUGAAUAUAUGGAGGACAAUUGGGUUUGUUUGAAAAUGCUGGCAGCAUUAAGAUAAAUUCAACAGUGUAAAUAAGUUUUGAUGGGUGUAAUAAUGGAAUACUGAAUGGUUAGCUUGUAUAAAAUAUGCAGGUAUUUAUGUUGUGCAAAGUGAACCAUGGAAAGAGAGGAAGGGAAGUCAUUGAUAUUUUAAGGUUCUUUAAGUGAAUAUUCUAAAAUGUAAAACAGAAAAUGUAAUAAAAAUCUCUCUCUCUCACACACACACACACACACAUAUAUAUAACAGAAAAUGUAAUAAAAAUUACUCACACACACACACACACACACACACACACACGAAUGAACGAAUGACAUGACUCAAUCUUCCCGUUACAGGUUCAUAGCCAAGAAUGUUAUGCGCCUGCAACGCCUGGGCAUCACCCACAUCCUGAACGCGGCAGAAGGCAAGUCUUUCAUGCACGUGAACACCAAUGCUGAGUUCUACGAAGGCACAGGCAUCACUUAUCACGGCAUCAAGGCCAACGACACCCAGGAGUUCAACCUCAGCCGCUACUUUGAGGAAGCUGCCGAUUUCAUCGAGAAGGCGUUGGCACAGAAAGAUGGUGAGAGUGUCACCUGUCACAGCUGCAAGAACCUGUUCCUCCGCUAUGGGAAUGGACUCCUUGUCCUGCUGAACUGUAUUCUCCUGCGUUCUGCGGCCCAAGCUACACCAUGGCCCUCCCUUGCUAUUUCCCUGUCCUCUGCUUACAGAUGCACUUGGUUGCUCUUUGCAUUGCAUGGUAGCCUUGAGGGCAGGCUGGAGAGUCUGAACCAGCCUUUCCAGUCCGGUGUCCCGCUUGCUGCAUCAGGGAGUUGUAAGUCUAAAAGCAGCAGGAGGACACCAGUUUGGGAAUUGCAGUCUGGAUCAGUGGCCUCUUUUUGUUGUUUAGUCGUGUCUGACUCUUUGUGACCCCAUGGACCAGAGCACAAAGUGGCCUCUUAGUGCCUUGUCAAUCUGGAUUUUUGUGAUCAUUCUCAUCUCCAGGACGUGUGUGUAUGUUUGUGUGUGUGUGGAAUUUAAGGGACAUGAAUUGAAGGGAAUCAGCGAUAGCGUGGGAGGAUUAGCAGGAGAAACAUGUAAAGUAUACCCCAUUAUUCUCGCCGAGAGUACAGCUUUUGUCUGCUGGCUGAGGAUCGCUUUCAGAUUGAUGGUGGAUUCUGUGCUUUUAUAUAUUUGAGCUGGGUUGUGCAGGCGGAAGCAGCAGUGCUUCUUCUGAAUGACAAUCAUAGAAUCAUAGAAUCAUAGAAUCAUAGAGUUGGAAGAGACCACAAGGGCCAUCGAGUCCAACCCCCUGCCAAGCAGGAAAAACCAUCAGAGCACUCCUGGCAUAUGGUUGUCAAGCCUCUGCUUAAAGACCUCCAAAGAAGGAGACUCCACCACACUCCUUGGCAGCAAAUUCCACUGUCGAACAGCUCUUACUGUCAGGAAGUUCUUCCUAAUGUUUAGGUGGAAUCUUCUUUCUUGUAGUUUGGAUCCAUUGCUCCGUGUCCGCUUCUCUGGAGCAGCAGAAAACAACCUUUCUCCCUCCUCUAUGUGACAUCCUUUUAUAUAUUUGAACAUGGCUAUCAUAUCACCCCUUAACCUCCUCUUCUCCAGGCUAAACAUGCCCAGCUCCCUUAGCCGUUCCUCAUAAGGCAUCGUUUCCAGGCCUUUGACCAUUUUGGUUGCCCUCCUCUGGACACGUUCCAGUUUGUCAGUGUCCUUCUUGAACUGUGGUGCCCAGAACUGGACACAGUACUCCAGGUGAGGUCUGACCAGAGCAGAAUACAGUGGCACUAUUACUUCCCUUGAUCUAGAUGCUAUACUCCUAUUGAUGCAGCCCAGAAUUGCAUUGGCUUUUUUAGCUGCCGCGUCACACUGUUGGCUCAUGACAAGUUUGUGGUCAACCAAGACUCCUAGAUCCUUUUCACAUGUACUGCUCUCAAGCCAGGUGUCACCCGCUGGAAACCACAGGAGGGGAGACAACCCUUCUGCUCAAAUCCUGCUUCCAAGGUUUCCCAUAUAAGUAUCUGGCUUAUACCAGUACGCUGGACUCAAUGGGCCAUUGGCUGCUUGAUCAUCAUCAUCAAUUAAUAAUUUAUUAUUUAUAUCCUGCCCAUCUGGCUGGGUUUCCCCAGCCACUCUGGCCAGCUCCCAACAGAAUAUUUAAAACAUCAAACAUUAAAAUCUUCCCUAAAUGGAGUUGCCUUCAGAUGUCUUCUAAAAGUCAGGUAGUUGUUUAUUUCUUUGACAUCUGAUGGGAGGGUGUUCCACAGCGUGGGCGCCACCACCGAGAAGGCCCUCUUAGGUUCUUACGAAGUGAAGAGUCGGGCCUUGGCUUUCAGCUGCUUGUGGUUUGACAGCCUGUUUAAAUCUGCUGUUGCUGAUUCAUUCAUAUUUUGAAUCCGCGGCACAGCUGUUUUCAAGUCCCCAGGCAGCUUAGUGGGCACCUCCUCUACAUACAGAGUUCUUCCAAACUGGCACCGGCAUCUGCUAACCUUCGGCAUUCCUUUCUCCCUGUUAGGUUUGGGUUAGAACAGGGGUAGGCAAACUAAGGAAUGGGGGCCGAAUCCGGCCCAAUCACCUUCUAAAUCCGGCCCAAGGACGGUCCAGGAAUCAGCGUGUUUUUAUAUAAGUAGAAUGUCCCCUUUUAUUUAAAAUGCAUCUCUGGGUUGUUCGUGGGGCCUGCCUGGUGUUUUUACAUGAGUAGAAUGUGUGCUUUUAUUUAAAAUGCAUCUCUGGGUUAUUUGUGGGGCAUAGGAAUUUGUUCAUUUCCCCCCAAAAUAUAGUCCCGCCCCCCACAAGGUCUGAGGGACAGUGGACCGGCCCCCUGCUGAAAAAGUUUGCUGGCCCCUGGGUUAGAAAUUUGAUUGUGUUCACAUUUUAAAGCGAAUCUAACAACCUUUUUGCCUAACAACAACAACAACGAUAAUAAUAAUAAUAAUUUAUUAUUUGUACCCCGCCUAUCUGGCUGGGCUUCCCCAGCCACUCUGGGCGGCUUCCAACAAAACACUAAAAUACAAUAACUUAUUAAACAUUAAAAGCUUCCCUAAACAGGGCUGCCUUUAGAUGUCUUCUGAAUGUGAGAAUCUGGAGGGAACCAGAAAUGGGGGUGGGGGUAGGGGCUGGCUUGUGGCAUAAGCUUUUGUGAGCUAGUUUCCAGGAAAGAUUUAUGCCAUCAUAGUCUUCAAGGGGACACAAGACUCACAGAAUCUCAUAAUUGUAGAGUUGGAAGGGAACCUGACGGUCAUCUAGACCAACCCACCUUUUUGUGGCUUAAGGUGUUCCUAUGCGGCAUGUGGCUUUGCUCUCGUUCCCCCCGGAGGCGAAGCUUCUCAGGCCCUCCUCUUCGGGCAAUUUCGUAACUGGAUCCCACCCGAAAAUAGCGACAGCCUGGACAGUUUGUCCUUUUCCCGCACCUUGAAGGAGAUUUUGUUUCCCUAACAAAGAAAACCAGUUGGGCCCUGUGGGCGAGUGAGAGUUCCCUGGAGUGUUGGAAUUCUUGUCAUUUGUUCUUGCUAUUUAAGUGUUGCUAUUCUGCUCAUCCGCAGCGAGAACCCAGAGCAGCUUGCAAAAAAAAAAAAAAGUAUAAAUAGAAAAGUUAAUAUGUAAAUUCACGAACCCGGCCAAGCGCUGCUGCUUUUUUCUUUCUUUCCCCAAAGCCAAACAGUCCUAACACCUUUUUGUAAUGAGGAAAACCUAUCCCAAUCUCAGUUCAUCAUCAGGUUUUAUAGGGAUGUAUUCCUGUCCUGAAAGGGACACGGGUGGCGCUGUGGGUUAAACCACAGAGCCCAGGAUUUGCCGAUCGGAAGGUUGGCGGUUCGAAUCCCCCUGACGGAGUGAGCUCCCGUUGUUCGGUCCCAGCUCCUGCCAACCUAGCAGGUCAAAAGCACGUCAAAGUGCAAGUAGAUAAAUAGGUACCGCUCCGAUGGGGAGGUAAACGGUGUUUCCGUGCGCUGCUCUGGCUCACCAGAAGUGACUUAGUCAUGCAGGCCACAUGACCUGGAAUCUGUAUGCCGGCUCCCUUGGCCAAUAAAGCGAGAUGAGCGCCGCAACCCCAGAGUCAGCCACGACUGGACCUAAUGGUCAGGGGUCCCUUCACCUUUAUUCCUGUCCUGGAGGUUACACAUCAUUUAUGAAUGUCCCUGUUUAAGACGGCCUAAAUCCUGUCUGAAUUAAUGAAAAGUGAGGGGUUGAGACACCCAUGACUCCACACCAGCCUGACUCAUCUCUGCCUCUUGGCCUCUCUCAUCCCACUCUGCUUCUGCUUCUGGACUUCUCUCUGCCACAGACUCUCCCUUCUCACUAAGCCCUGUUUCCUCUCCAGCUUCUGACACCUCCUCCUCCCAGCCUGCUCCCUCUGACUACUCAUGGUCAUCCCACCACCACUCCCUGGGCUCUGAGCCUUCUUCCCUUGGGGGUUCCUCAGUUGGUUGCGCCCACCAUUCCUCUGUGUCCAACCUGCUCACAACAGCCAAUGUAGAUAGACAGUUCUGCACUCGACGGACCAAUGGUAGGGCUCGGUGUGAGACAGCUUCCCCUGAUACCCUAUCAAAAUGGUGGGUGGCAGAUUGUCACCUCCCUUCAGAAUCUCUCUUCUGUCUCUCCUCACCCCAUUUUCUUUUGCAGCUUGCUAAUUUCAGGCUUGUGGGUUCGAGCCCCACAUUGGGCCAAAGAUUCCUGUAUCGCAGCAGGUGGGACUAGAUGAUUCUCGUGGCCCCUUUCAACUCUACAAUUCUGUGAUUCUGUGUGUUCCCCCUUGGCAUCAGGACUCCAUUUUACACAUACACUCUCUCUCUCUCUCUCUCUCUCUCUCUCUCUCUCUCACACACACACACACACACACACACUUGCAUAUAGCUUCCAUGAGCCCCCAGUUGUCACAUAUCCUGACUAUACCGGCUUUUCUCUUCUUCUUCCCCGCCAGUGUGAUGUAGUGGUUAAGAGCAAUACAGUGGUACCUCAGGUUACAUACGCUUCAGGUUACAUACGCUUCAGGUUACAGACUCCGCUAACCCAGAAAUAGUGCUUCAGGUUAAGAACUUUGCUUCAGGAUAAGAACAGAAAUCGUGCUCCGGCUGCACAGCAGCAGCAGGAGGCCCCAUUAGCUAAAGUGGUGUUUCAGGUUAAGAAAAGUUUCAGGUUAAGAACGGACCUCCAGAACGAAUUAAGUACUUAACCCGAGGUACCACUGUAGAUUUGUAAUCUGGGGAACCGGAUUCGCAUCCCCGCUCCUCCACAUGCAGCUGCUGGGUGACCUUGGCUUAGUCACACUUCUCUGAAGUCUCUCAGCCCCACUCACCUCACAGAGUGUUUGUUGUGGGGGAGGAAGGGAAAGGAGAAUGUUAGCCGCUUUGAGACUCCUUCGGGUAGUGAUAAAGUGGGAUAUCAAAUCCAAACUCUUCUUCUUCUUCUUCUUCUUCUUCUUCUUCUUCUUCUUCUUCUUUUAGGCCGGGUGUUUGUCCACUGCCGCGAAGGCUACAGCCGCUCGCCGACGCUGGUCAUCGCUUACCUCAUGCUGCGGCAGAACAUGGAUGUCAAGAGCGCCGUCAGCAUCGUCCGGCAGAAGCGGGAGAUCGGCCCCAACGAUGGCUUCCUCCGGCAGCUGUGCCAGCUCAACGACCGAUUGGUGAAGGAAGGCAAGCUGAAGAAGCCGUAAUGGCCGCCGCCGCUUGCCCUCUCUUGCCGGAACUCCCGUUCGUUGCUUUCGGUUGCCAGCUCCAACUGCCAAGCCGCGUGAGGGAGGCAGGGGUCCCCUUCUGGUUUCUCCUGCUGCCCUGGGUGGCGCCAGAGGGCGCUGCUGCAGUAUUGAAAUGCCCAGCGCCCAGGCGCCAGCUUGUCUCUUGUGUCUUUUCUUUUUUUAGUUUGGAAUCCGCCCAAUAUAACGCGUGUGAUUUUGUGUGUGUGGUUUUGUUCGGAGUCCCUUUUUGCACCACAGCUGUGAAGGCCUUUGAUAAAGUCGAGUGUUCACGUUGCCAGAUCACUGCCGGCGCAGAUGGUCCUCGCUUGCCGCCCUCUCUUUUGCUGUGCCAUCUUGCAGACCAGUGCCCGCCCUCCUCCUCCUCCUCUGGGGGUUAAAUCUGGAGGGCCUUUUUUCAUUUACAUGUUAAGGGGCCAAGGGCUAUCCCACCCCCUGGCCCAAACCUACCACUUUCAUCCCUUGCUAACAGCAUGUGCCAAAGGGUGGUAACUUAACAGAGUCAGGUUCCUAGUCCAUAUGGUCUCUGUGCAGGGUCCACCUGGGCUGCCGACCUUGGGCAAGCAAGCUGGUUAGGUGUUGGGCUCCUGGCUCGAACGCUUGGACCUUGCGAGGUUUUUCGGAGCCCGGAGUCCUACUUGGUUGAGGCCAGCUUGCCACCUGACCCCCACUCGGCUUCUACCCAUGUUCCGCUGCUUAGCUGUGAUUCUAUGCACCAUCACUCUUGGGUGGUGUUUUUCUCCGUCAUCCAAAUGAGGCUGCAGCAAGCAGAGAAAUAGGCUCCUAAUGGGAGCAAACCCAGAGCAGAUGGGAAGCAGGCAGGAGCUCAGAGCCGGUUGCCUCCACACACACACACACACACACACACACACACACACACUUACUUUCCUCACCUUGUUCUUUUAGAGAAGCACCGGCUGCCCCAUAUCUCCCCCGCUCACGCUUGGUCUGACCUCUCGGAGCAUUACGAGAUGGGGAGGUCGCAUUACUGUAAAUAGAUAGAAACACUCUGCUAACCAUGUAAUCUUUUUGUAUAUUCGCUGUGUUUCAUAUGAGUAUCUGGAUAUAUAGAAUAUAUAUAUAUAUAUAUACAUAAUACACUAAUAUAAUAUAUAUAAAAUAUGCACACAAGCAAUGAAGAAAAGCCAUUUGAGAACACGCUAUCGAGGCAAGUAGCCUUUUGUAUAUAGAUCGUUGAUAAUAGCUGUACUCACGUUUUUUGUGUGUCUAAAGCAGAUUUACUAUGCUUGUUAUUUGAAGGCCAAUGCGGUAGCGGUUUGGGAUGCUAUGCCCAGGAAUGUGUCGGGUGGCGCACCAGCCGCAUGUGGCCACUGACGUCUCGGGGAGUCGUAGGACAAAGUCACCAGGUUGUUGCCUCUGCCUAAAUGUGUUUGGCGUGAAGGGGUGUGUGUGUCAGUGCUUAGCUAUAUUCAAAAGAUGGCGUCUGCUGGUCCGAUAAGGCAGUGAUGGGGAAUCAUGUGAUCCAGCAGGGCCAGUGAGAAGGGAUGAUGGGAAUUGUAGUCCCAAUAACAUCCAGAGGGUCACCCCUGUAAUCGGGGAUAUUGGCAAUCGGCUUUUUUUUUUGCCUGGCCGCCUCCAGUGAUGGCAAUUUUGAAAUCCUCCAUUGUAGAAGUGAAACGAAUGAGCUCAAAUAAGCUGAUCUGUAAAGAUGUACUCUGUCCUUUGGCCUCAAGCACGCACAACCUUGUUUUGAGUGUAGGAAUUCUCCUUGUUUCUGUUUGAUUUUGGCUAUGCACCGUAUUUUCCCGUGUAGAAGACGAUGUUUUCUUUCCUUAACUUUUUUGAGUGAAAAAGGGGGGCGGGGCCUUCUUUUACAUGGGGGGCUGUCUUAUGCACAGUUUUCAGCAUGGCGAACAACAACUUGGAGGGCGAUUGCCCCCCAAAAACCUCAAGAGCUUUGGCAAGCCAAAAAUAUUGAUUUCUUAAUGUUGGGUUCGGAAAAACAGGAGUCUUCUUCUACACGGGAAAUACAUGGUGUUUGCUCCAUGUGGCAGAGCUGAGCUGAUAUUUCGCUGGAUGGGUUUUUCUGAGCUCUUUUUCUUCUUCUCUGCCUUAGAAACAGAGGGUGCUUCCUUUUGCAGGUAUCCUACAACUGCAAUACCCCAGAUCACCAGUAGGUCGGAGACAUUGUGUAGGAUGCAGAAAGGCAGACCGCAACUGUGUUGGGAAUGGGGUUGGAGCCCUUUCAAUAGCAGAGCACGUGACCUGUGUCUAAAAAGGCUCCAGGAUCAGUCCCCGGCGUCCCCAGGUAGAGCUGAAAAGGACCUCCCCUUUAGAAAGAGCUGCUACCAGCCCAUGUAGCCAGUACUGAUCUGGGUGGGCCAGAGCUUUGACGAUGUUUAAGACGGCUUCCAGUGUUCCUAACCAGCUCUAUUGGGGUCUCUUUCCCCAGUUCAUUUCUCUUCCGUUCGGGUCUCGGAACAGGGUAGAGGGAGGUCAAAGGGUUGGGCUUUGACCUCCCACUGUAGCGAGGGUGCAUGAAUUCGUGCACUUUAGUUUCUCAUUUUCCCAAUCCUCAGUUCAUCACACCAAAAGCCCUUGCCAAAAUUCACCAGUAUUUUGGUGUGCAUUUUCCCACCCCACCCCACCACUAAUAUAAUAUACCUUUGUUUGGGUGUUAUUUUAACCUGCAGUGCAUAUAUUCCUGUACGCAUUUUUCAGCCGGAGAACGGCACUGCAGAAAUCCACAGAGGUGCGGAUUUCUUUUGAAGGAUAGCUGCUGCAUAUUUGGGUUUUUUGGGGGGAAAUGAGACUCAGAUAGCUUUGCAAUGAAAUAGCCGGACUCCCCUGUUGUCAUCUGAAGACCACCUUAAAGAGCAGGAAGCAGGGCGAGGGGCGGCAGAGGCUAAGAAAAAGAGAUCUUGCUUUAGGGCCCAGCAUUGUAGGAGGUCCAGACCUAGGUCUUUCCAGGGGCCGGUAGGUUAGCUCAGCAAACAGGACAGCAAGUGUAUUUGGGAAUGGGAAACAUGACUUCAAAUCCUUGAUCUCGCCACUCUUUGCCUUGUGUGGGUUACCAGGCUGCUAUCAGCUCCACGACCGGGGCUGGGAGUCCUAUUAUUGUACUAUAAUUCCCAUCAUCCCUGACCACUGACCAUGCUGGCUGGGGGUGAUUUGAACUGCAGGGAUUGCUUCAUUUUUAAGGCAUCCCUUAGCUUCUGUUGAACCAAUGUGGCCUCAUGUUUACACCCUGAAGUUCAGAGCCCUGGAAAUUUGGACCAGGGAGACCCAGGCGCAAACCGCCGUUCACCAGCCCCACUGAAGCAAAGUCGCUGUUGCUCAGUCUGGCCUACCUUGCAGGGAUAUUGUGACGGUUAAAAAAAGAUGGGAGUGCCUGCUUUGCUAUUCCUUAUUUCCUCCAAGAAGCUCAGUCUAACGAAACACCCUUUUCUCCUGUGUGGCUUCCCCCGAGCCUCCUUUGCACUUGUGAAUAUUUGUAGCACCUGUUCUUCCCCUUAGGGCAGCCUUUCUCGAGCUUGGGCCCCCGGAUGUUGUUGGACUACAACUCCCAUCAUCCCUGACCACUUGUACUGUUAGCUAGGGAUGAUGGGAGUUGUAGUCCAACAACAUCUGGGGACCCAAGCUCAAGAAAGGCUGCCUUAGGGCCCAGUGCAGCUUUAGGCUGAAGUAGGAAAUAAACCUGGUUGUCUGGGUCUCGGGAGGAAUGUUCUAAAAACAGCCAAUUCCAAAACAGUACCUUUCGGCGUGUGUUUAUGGCCAGCAAGUCAAGUCCUAGCUGUUAUGAGUGCUAGGGGUAAGUUUUCAAGUUGCACGAGUCUAAAGGGAGGCCCAAAACCAGCUUCAAGCUGGCACAGGAAGUCAAUGGAAAAGGGACUCACUGGUUCCUUUUUGAGCUGGUUUUGGGCUUUCACUCGGUAUGUGUGUUUCUCUAGAUUUUCUCUCUGGGCUCAGACUUAGUGGCGAAGGGACAUCUUACCCUCCUUGGUUAUCACUCUGGAUAGAUACCUGAAUAACCCAGGGUGUUUUUUUGUUUUGCCCUUGUAGCUGCAACUGGGCUGUAGCGCCGCACCCGCUCAAAAGCAAUAGUUUGUGGGCAAAGAGAGAAGUUCACACUCUCUUUUGAACUCAGGUUUGAUUCCGUGCAACUUUUAUGAGAAUGUGUGGCCUUGCUUUAUUUAUUUAUUUAUUUAUUUCCGCUGCAAGUGCAUCUAUAGACAGUGCACUGCCCCCCCCUCCAGAAAAUCCUGUUGCGACACCCUUGCCUUCAAGAUUUCACCCGGAGGCCUGGAAUGUGGGAAGGCCCUCGGAAGCACGUGCAGAGUGCAUUUCUGAACACCUGACCUCGGGGCCCAUGGGUUUUGUUAGAAGUCGCUGGAGCCGCUGGGUUCGAAAGCGCAUCUUCCCCGUAGUCUGUGGAGCCCUUCACACUUAAACGACGACAAAAAACGCCCCACUGCCAACUCUCACUGCCUUGUUUCUUGCCAGCCUUUUUAGCGAGGAGUCAAGUCUUUCCCCUUCAGCCUGGGAGGAGGAAGAGGAGCCUUGGGUUGGUGACAGAGUGCAUGCUUUGCAUGCCGAAAGUCUCAGGUUCGACACGCCCCCCCCCCCAAGCAUCUCCACUUAAAAGUUACUGUCUGCGGAGAGAGCUGUUGCCAGUCAGAACAGACAGCACUGGGCAAGGUGGAUCUUCAGUUUGGUGUAAGGUAGUUUCAAGCGCUUGUCAGGGUGGAGUGCUGUCUCUGGAUCGCUUGCAAACUUGCCUACGACGAGUUAGGAUGGAGGGCUGCCAUUCUACAGUAUAUAUGCGUUUUUAUUCAGGAGUCAGCCCGGUUGCCUGAACCAAGUGAAAUCUGAGCAAACGUGCAUCAGGAUAGGGUUGUGCAGCUGAGGCCCGUUUAUGCGCAAGCAAGUCCAGUUUUGAAAUCCACGGGACAUGCUCUGGAGCAAGCCCGGUUCUAUCAGCAGGCUGCACCUUGGGGCUUGGCGAUGGCUUCCCUGCAGACUGUGUUGACUCCUGUCUGCCGAAGCUCCAAGUGCCUGGAUGUUGGAGGAUGUAGCAUUCGCUGGGAAUGAGCGGUUCAGAGUUAAUGUAUUUGGGGAAGGGGCUACCUCAGUGAGAAAAAGUGGAAGGGGCUGAGCGGCCAUUGGGUAGUGCCCACCUCAGGUGACGGAAGGGGGGAAAUAAGUUGCCAGAAGGAUGUGUGUUGCCAUCUUUUAUAAGUUUGAUGUGAUUGUUGUCUCUUGUGGGAGGAGAGAUGACCCACCAGUGUCCAAUAAAGCAUUUGUGUGGCAUUACA